AUUCAGGUUUCCUAUUUGCUCCUACCCCGGCAUGCCGAGUUCUUCAGGUAACUCCAUGACGCAUUAUUUGGGAUAGUAAUAAAGUGUAAAUACCCAAAUAGGUUCAAAUAUCCGAGAGAAUCAGCUGAAAAGGGUAUUGCGGCAUCGAUAGUGACGCCUGCUGAUCGGUCAUCCGGUUCCUAUCCCUCCCAUUUCUACCUGAAAGGCGUAUCCGUGUCGCAGCCCAAUAUUCUGAUAUCUCUCAGCUAGUAAGAUUUGAAAUCCCCGCUCACAUUCCAGAUUCCCAGGGUAGAGGUAGCCUCACCCCGACCUUCCUAGAUGCCUAGACUUGAUUGCAAUCUUGUUUUGAGAACCUGUUAUCAUCACGUGCAUAUUACAUCCCACCAUCACAUACAAGGCGCUGUUACCAUCGGCACCCAUCCGAACGUGCCCCAAUACACCAACCAGCAGCGAAGGGCCCAACCCGAAAGAGUAAGAACACAGAGUCGCCCCGGUCAUGGAUCGGGUUUUCAAUCCGGCGGGGGACCGGCCUACUCUCCUGGCUAUCCGAUAGGCUCGGUCGCCCGAAACAGCCUUCCACGGAUACCGGAACUGUCACACGAGGGCUCUAACGUUGCGGAGAUAGAUUCAGGAGAAGACAACGCGUCGGUGAUGCCGGACCGGCACCGAGCUGCUUACCCUUCCCCGCCGCCACGCCGGCCCCCUCCCAGAGGCUACCAGGUGGCAGACACUGAAACCGUCUCUGAACGCUUUCAUAAGCACGCAGGCUAUCACACGCAGCGCGAUCCACCGUAUAAUCCACCCGAGAACGGGCGAUUUGUCUACGGAUGGAAUCAGCCCUCAAGUGAAACAUCUCUGACAUCUGGCGAACCGAUGAUGACGGCGGCGGGUGGCAAGCCCCGCGCGAACCCCCGCGCGGGGGUGAGUGCUGUUGUACAAAAGAGCUUCCCCCAAUAUUGUGGCACAGAUCCCGAGUUCGAAUGGAUCAUGUCAUUAGUAAGAAGAGAGAAGGAGGAGCAGCAGCAGACAGGCGAGGGGGCAGAGCAGCGUGGCACCAAGGAGAGAAGGGAAAGGGAGAUGAAAAGCCAAUUUGAAGCCGAAGACGAGGGGAGAGAAGCCGAAAUGAUGACGAAUGAAGAGAUAGUGAAGUUGGUUCAAGUGAAGUUGGAACAAGCAAUUGACGAGGCCGUGAGAUUGAUCAAGGAGAAGACCCAGCAAGAGCUUGAAAAAAAGGAGCAGGCAGAUACGAAAAAGGAUGCUGCGCGAGACCGGUUACGGCCCGCGUUUCAGGCCAAGACGGAAGAGGCGGAGAGGCAAACAAUAGACAAGGAAGCUACCGCACCGCCUGAGCGACAAUCUUCUCCUAGCUCUCGUUACAGUCGAUCUGAGGGAUACCCAGAGCCACUCACCCAGAGUACAACAUCUUCCCACGGGUUAUCAGUAUCUCAGAAGGACGAAUCGUCGCCGGAGCGACCGCCCGAUACGUCGGGACCGCCUAACAUAACAUCAUCUGAUAUAUCGGAAACACCUAUCGUACCACCGCCUCAAGACGGGGAAGUGUUCCCGGGACCGCCGGCUGACGUAUUGGUACUCAGCACAUCUCCUUCUGAGGACGGCGAACCAUUGCCGCGACAGGUACCGAGCGUAUCCUUGUCUGAAACCGUUGAGUCGUUACCAGCGCGGCCGCCUAAUGUACCGGAGCCACCUAACGUACUAUCAUCUGAAGACGUUGAAUCGUUACCAGCACGGCCACCCAACGUACCGGAUCCACCCACCGUAUUAUCAUCUGAAGAUUUUGAAUCAUUACCAGGAUGGCCGCCUAACGUACCCGAGCCGCGUACUGAAUAUGCAGAGACUGGAAGCGAGAGACCGGCAAUGGUAAUUUUGCCUAGGCAUAAAAUGUGGCGGCUCUGGCGGUUAGAUGAAGAGGAGAGGAGCCAAGAGCGCAGAGAUCGUAAAAGAUUACGCAUCAUCAAGGAAGAAUUGGCGUUUCCCGUUGUUCGAACGCUAGUAGCCGGACUAGGUGGGCCCCCGCACAGAUAUGCGGCGCCUACACCACCCCCGUUCGGUCCAAAUCAUUUUUCCUAUCCACCCAGGACGGAUGGCCAUCGCUUUAGGCGAACAUUCCGGCGGUCUAGCCCGGAGGCGGAAUCAUCUAGUUUUGAAUCCGAAUCCGAGCCCGAACCCGACUACAUGACGGAUACGACUCGCACAUACAGGCGAGCUAAAAGUGAUCGAUUCCAAUCGAGGGGACGGCCAUUGCGAAGUAACAUCGAGAGAUUCCAACAUGGAGAAGGCGCGGCCGCAUCACAUCAACCAAUCGCCAAGCAGGACGAGGGGGGUGCCCCUGUUCAGAUGGGCCGCCGCCUGCUAAUGGAAGCCGAGACAAGGCCCGUAGAAUCAACAACCAUACCCGAGCAGGAAAACGACGAAGAAUAUGCGAUCCAAAAGUUAACGGAAAACGGCAUGGAAGAUAUGAAGAAAAUUAAAAUUAUCAUAACAAUAUUGGCCGGGUUGAUGAAGUCUCAAAUUAAAUCUAUUUUAUUAUCAUCAUCAUUUUUAUUAUUUUUGUUCGUAUCAUAUUGUAUCCAUUGUUUAUUUAAAUUUUAAUAAAUCAAUACAGGUUAUUUUUCGUGUUGUGGGAAGACUUGUCGAUUAUGCACUAGUAGUACACCGUUCGCUGAACAUGGGUACCUACCUAGGUGCUUAGGCAGGCAGCUAGGUAGCUAUUAGUAUAUUAAAAAUAUAUCAAUUGGAAGGCUGGUACUUACCUACGUUAAUAAGCAAUUAGGUACUUAGGUUGACGGUUAAGAAUUUAUAACCUAGGUACCUAAGUGCCCACAUAGGUACUCAGAUACUAGGUAGUUAGGAUUUUAUAUUUACUUUUUUGAAGGGUAUAAUCGACAAGGAACUUUUCCUUUCAGUGUAGUAUUUGAUAUUUAGUGUGCUGUUGUGUAUCGAUAUACUAAGCUAAAGGCGAAUACAGUUAAACUUCCGGUGGCUUCAUUUUGGCCAAUCAGAGCUUCAGCCACGACGUCCCAUUUACUACUUAUGGAAAAUACCUCCUACGAGUUACGUCAGCCAAUCAAGGUAGUUAGACCUUGUUGGAGCUGAAAUGUAGCUGCGGGUCGGGAAAUAUUGUCGCAAGUUGCUUUCAGUAGCUUAGAUUAGUAGAUUCGCUCGUCUUGACAUGGAGUUUUAGCAUCGAAUCACCGGUGACAUUGAAAUAAGUGUAAAGUAGUGGAAUCAAUUUAAAAUCAGACGAAUAGAAGACAUUUUACCUACCACUAAUG